UUUGGGUCAUUGCAGAUGAGUUCGGCAGUGCGUGUGCUUAUGCUAAUGGCUGCCUUAGCCGGGAGCCGGGGAACGGCCCGGGAAGAACCACGGCGAGUCAUUCUGGAUCUGGACGGCGGUGGAGAUGAUGCCUGGGCGCUGGUAAUGCUGCUGGCUAACGAAAAGCAGUACAACAUCUGUGUCCAGGCCGUAACCUGCUCGCACGGAAAUGCCCGUGUUCCGGACGUACUGGUUAAUGUGUUACGCAUCCUCGCGAGUCUUGACCGGCUGGACGUUCCGGUGUAUGCUGGUGCUAGCGAGCCAUUGAUUACGCCGGGAUCGAGCAGGAACGCUUCCCACUAUUUCUGGGGUAACGAUGGCUUUGGAGAUGUCCAGUUUGACUCUGCACCUUCGGUGGACUCGCUCCGUCCACAACACGCAGUCGAGGCUAUGCGCGACCUGUUUGAAAAGCAUCCAAACAAGAUCACCUUGGUAGCGGUGGGACCACUGACGAAUCUGGCCCUACUGUACAAAAUGUUCCCGGAGACGAAAGACAAAAUAGGCGCCCUGUACCUUCUUGGCGGAAAUCGGCACGGUGUCGGCAAUACGGGUUUGGCAUCGGAGUUUAACUUUUUUCGCGAUCCCGAAGCAGCCCACAUUGUGCUCAACAACUCCCCCCAGAUCGUGCACGUGUUUCCAUGGGAAACGGUACUGUUGCAAACGUUUACCACCAGGUGGCGCUUUGAGACGUUCGGCGAAACGACGAACCCUGCCGUACGGGUGUUGAAUCGGGUGGAAAAAGAAGUGUAUGCGGGUGAAGACAUCUGGACGCCCUGCGAUAUGUACGUGGCGGCGAUCUUCCUGAACGGCAGCAUCCUCCGGUCGGUGCAAAGCUAUCGUGCCGAAGUAGAGCUAACUGGAACGGUCACUAGAGGCAUGAUGGCCAUUCUGCAUCACGUGAAGGACGUCAAUCAGCACAAUGUGGCCGUUAUAGAUAGAAUCGAUUCACAGCAGGUGCAACGCAUGCUCGUUGCAUUAAACUAUGCCAAGUGA